UGCCGAGGAGGAGGUGAAAACACCUGAACACAGGAGUGGAAACUACAACUCCUGUGUCUGAGGGAGAGUCUAACAGUAGACAGACAUGACAACCAAACCCUGCCACAGAUUAGAGCGAACUGUUACCUGGGAGACAGCAGACGUUGUUAGCCUGACGACAGUGAGAAGCUAAAGCUAAAUAUGGGCUAAAUAUACAGCGGGUGAUAAUGAAAAAAUGAAACUGUUGACGAAAUAAAGUUGUGGUUGAAUUAAACAUCUGUGUUUUAGGGAUUGGCUGUAGUUACCUCACUGUACCACUGGGAGACACACACACACACACACAGCUAAUUUCCCAAAGGAUUCAUAAAGUUCUAUAUUUCUACAUGCACACACACAUUCCUGAUAGAAUAGAGAGUGUGUCCAGUUCAUGAGAGGAUGAUUUGUGUGUGCGUUUCAUUUUUGUGUGUAAUGCCCAGCGGUCCUCCAUCUAUGCUCAUACACUCCUCAUCUGUUGGGUGUGCCCAUUCCACUCUCCCACUCCUGACAUGGCCCUGCUCUUCCUCCAAUGUCCACCAGGUUCUUCUCUUUCUUCUCGCCCACUCCUUCCCAGGAGUUUUCUCCUCCAGAUGUUUCCGGACUCUGGGCUCACCAUAGUUAACUCCUCAGCUAACCCUGGACUCCUCCGACCCAGCCUAGUUUAUGGGAAGAGCCGUGAAACUCCUCACACACUCUCUCUCCCUCUCUCACUCACUCUCGCUCCUCACUUCUAUCCUGGAGUUUGGAUUCCAAAACAUUCCAGCACCUCCACCAUGUCCAAGAAAACCCACAGGUCCAGGGUGGUGGCCGUGGUCCUGGUGGUCCUGACCGUGUCUGUCAUCGCUGCCAUCGCCACCAUGGUGAUCUUCUUCAAGAUCCAGACAGCAGACAUGAACCCGACUUCUCGUCCCACCAUCUCACCCAGCACGACACCUGCCCCGCCCGUCACCCGCCUUCCCAGGAGCGUCAUCCCUGAUCGUUACAAGAUCUUCCUCCAUCUUCAGUUCUACACCAGGACACCGGAGUUUGAGAACACCACCAAUGAAAACCAGACUGAACGCUUCACUGGCAACUCCACCCUCUUCUUCAAGAGCGUCCAGAGAAGCAGCGCCAUCUACCUGCACAGCAGCAACCUGACGGUGUUUGACUCUGUGGUACGGAACGUGGACACGGGGGAGGUUGUGGAGUCCAGGGUAGAGUACAACCAUGAGUGGUCGGAGUUCCUGCAGGUCAGCCUUGGGCAGGCACUGGAGGUGGACGGUAACUACAGUCUGUCGCUGAAGUUUGAAGGAUGGAUGGCGUUUUUGAAUGGAAUGUUUCUGAGCAUCUAUGAAGAGAGAGAUUCAGAAACUCUGAGAUUUCUGGUGGUCACCCACAUGCAGCCCACUGAUGCUCGCAAAGUGUUUCCCUGUCUGGAUGAACCGGAUCUGAAGGCUGUGUUCCAAUUGAACGUCAUCCACAGACGAGAUUCCUCAGUGCUGGGAAAUGCUGAAAUAUUUGACUCCAGCAUCAUCGAUGACGAGUGGAAGAUUACUCAGUUUUACCCGACACCAAGGAUGUCCACGUACCUGUUGGCCCUCGCCGUGUCCGAGUUCACACCCACGCCAUCUCUGCACGACCGUGUGCAAAUUAAUACAUUUGCGCGACCUGAGGUCACAGCAGCUGGCCACGCCCUCUUUGCUGCCAACAUGACUGGGAAAAUUCUGCAGUUCUUUGAAGAAAUGCUGGGAAUCAACUACCCUCAGAAAAAACUGGACCAGAUCGCUGUCCUGUACCUGGACCCAGAAAUCGCUGCCAUGGAGAACUGGGGUCUGAUCACCUACUUGGAGGAAGUCCUUCUGUACGAGGAGGGCGUGUCCUCGCUGCUGGACAAGGAGACCAUAACUGAAAUGAUCGCUCAUGAAUUGGCUCACCAGUGGUUUGGAAACCUGGUGACCAUGAAAUGGUGGAACGAGCUGUGGUUGAACGAAGGCUUCGCCACGUACAUGACCUACAAGGCUGUGGACCAGGUGGAACCCCAUUUUAAAACGGAAGAGACGGCAAUGGCAAGACACCUUCAAGCAGCAUUUAGUCAAGAUGUUCUGGCCUCAUCACAUCCUCUGAUUCCGCCACCAGAAAAGGUUCAGACAAACUCUGAGAUCAAGGACAUGUUUGAUGACACGACCUACACAAAGGGGGCAAUGAUACUGAGAAUGUUGGUGGACAUCGUGGAAGAAAGAGUUUUCAACAAAGGAAUUAGAUCCUACCUGUUGGACUUCAGCUACAGGAACUCGGAGACCAGGGACCUGUGGAACCACAUCCAGAAGGCUGUGAAUGAGGAUGGAGGUCACACUCGUGUGGCCGAGGUGAUGGAGUCGUGGACAACCCAAACUGGUUAUCCUGUCAUCACAAUCAACACCAGCAACGGAGAGGUUUCCCAGAAGCACUUCCUGCUCAACCACUCCUCGGAGUCCAGUCUUUGGUGGACCGUUCCCAUCAGAGUGAUGUCCAAGUCCUCUGGACCGUCUAUGGUCUGGUUAGACACCGACAGUACAGUGAAAAAAGAGGAAUUAAUUUCUAAGAACGAAGACUGGGUUCUGGCCAACGUCAACUGGACUGGUUACUACAGGGUCAACUACGACCCCGGAAACUGGCAAUCACUGCUGACUCAGCUGGAAACAGAGCCACAGAAAAUCCCAAUAAUGAACCGAGGACAGCUGAUCGACGACGUCUUCAAUCUGGCCAGAGCCAAACUGGUGAAUGUGACGUUAGCUUUGAACUUCACGCGCUUCCUUCGUAAAGAGACGGCGUUCCUGCCCUGGGAGUUAGCGAUUAAGAACCUGAAAUAUUACGUCCACAUGUUCGACCGCUCAGAAGUGUACGGACCUCUGCAGGCGUAUUUAAGAAGGCAGGUUUCUGAUCUAUACCACUUCUUCAAGAACUACACGGAUAUAGCCGCAGUCCCGCAGGACCACACCUCACAACACAACCAGGUCCUGGCCAUCAAUCUGGGCUGCUCCAGUGGACUGCCUGAGUGCGUGUCGAUGGCUAGAACCAUGUUUUCUGAGUGGAUGAACAACACCGACUACAGUAUCCAUCCCAACCUCCGCUCUGAGAUCUACUGCCACGGUGUGGCCGCUGGUGGAGUUGCAGAGUGGGAGUUUGCCUGGAGGAUGUUUGAAAAUUCCAUCGACAUAUCAGAGAAGGAACAUCUCAAAGAAGCACUGUCCUGUACUAAGAAAAUACCAUCUCUCAACAGGUACCUGCAGUACACUUUGGAUCCAGAAAAAAUCAGACUGGCAGAUGUUGCCUCCAUCAUCAGCUUUGUAGUGAGGAAUGUCGCAGGACAAGCACCGGCCUGGGACUUCGUCAGAGCUAACUGGGACUAUGUCGAAAAUGAGGUGUCUGCAGGGCUGCUGGAGAGCAUCACCAGUCGCUUCUCCACACAGUUUGAGCUGGAACAGAUGCAGCAGUUUUUCGUGGAAAACAACAUGCAGCACAGUGUCGAUGCCCAGAAAUGCAUCGAGGAAGUCCAGGUCAACAUCCAGUGGGUCCACGAGCACAGAGACAUUCUUCACCGGUGGUUUCUACAUGAAGCUGCAGCGUAGCACUGACGAAGACAUCGUUACAGCGUUGUCCUGACGCUAACUGCUCAUGAUGGAGCAAUUUCACUUUUAGUCAUGUUGG